GCAACGUUGCGGUCGCGGAAUAAUAUUUCAAACGGAACUCCGGAUACACUUACACCGAUUCUAUAUGAUUUAUUUAUUUUUAUAUCUACUGAUUUGUUGUUUGUUUUGUGUGUUUGACAAGUGGGUUUUAAAGUAAUGUCUUAUAGACAACCUAACGUGUUGUUGGUGAGGGGGUCAGUGUCGAAGGCUAGGAAGGGAUUGCCUAAAUAUUGCAAUUAUUAUAACAAGGAUCUCCAAACAAACAAAUAAGUCAGAAGCAACUGAUUAAUUAUAGGUACAGCUAUUGGCUUGUCUUUAAGUUCUUCAUGGAAAGGUUUCCAAGACAGUUCAUUGGAGAAUCUCUUCUACUGAAAGUGCCCAGAUAAAUUCAACAUUGCCAUUCUUGACAACAACAUAACUGACACCACUACUGCUUCUACUGUCUCAUCUUUCACAAACCAUUAUACAUAAACUUCAGGAAAAUAAAAAGGAAAUUGCCACCAUAAAUAUUUUCAUAAACUGAACCAAUAAUCAUAAGUUUUUAGAAGGAAAACAAGGCAAAAAUACACACUGCUGUCUGUGUAAUUGACUACGAAAAACCAAUCUAAUGUUGGAAAUAGUUAUUGUCAGUGGAGAUCAGUAUUAAUGUGUGUCUGUAGAUAUAUAAAUAUAUAGAUGUAAAAAGACACAGGUACACACACACACACACACUCACAUAAAUAGCUAGCUAGAUAGAUAGAUAAAUAGCUAGAUAAGUAGAUAGAUAGAUAGAUAGAUAGAUAGAUAGAUAGAUAGAUAGAUAGAUAGAUAGGUAGGUAGAUAGAUAGGUAGGUAGAUAGAUAGGUAGGUAGAUAGAUAGAUAGAUAGAUAGAUAGAUAGAUAGAUAGAUAGAUAGAUAUUGUUGGAAGUUAAGUUGGUAAAUAACUAGAGACAGUUACAUAGACAAAUAAUGUAUCAAUAUAAUAUAUAGAUAUCAUUGACACUAAUAUAUCUAGAAAUUAGUAGUUAGAAAGAUAGAUGAAUAAACAGGUUAACAGAUAGAUUUAGGUUGAAAGAUUUAAGCUGAUAAAAUAUAUAUUUAUCAACAUCAACAGAUGUCUUGGGAUGAAGGCUGAUAGAUAUAAAACUGUGACUGUAAAUAUAUAGUCUGCUGUUUAACUGAUAUUACUAUAAUGCAUACUCACAGCUUAUUAUGAGAGAAGGGAGAAAAGAGAACAAUAUAUAAAAAAAAAUUGAUAUUUUAUUAAAAGUGUUAAGUCAAAUUCAUGAGUGCAUGACUGCAUGCAUGGUGCAAGGUUUUUAUCAUUUUACAAGGACAUUUUGGCUGCAAUGUACCUGUUAAUUGCAGGAUAAGGUCAACAGCAGCAGACAUCAUACUUUAAACUCAAUGAACUGCAGUUCUGGAAUAUCUCAUAUGUAACUAAUCUAAACUCCAUUUAAGCAAGUAAUAGCGUUAGAUGUAGCAGCAGCAGUAGUAGUAGUAUAGCCAAAACUAGAUAUUUUAUAGAACACAACUGGAAGGUAUUUGUGAGUUGAAUCCAUAAUUAGUUAGUGAUUGUUUCAUUUCACUUCUAUUUGGUUGCUAAUGCCUUUCAUAGAAUUAACAUUGCACUGUUUCAUUCCCUGAUCUCUGUAAAUCUGAGGUAUGUGAAUAAUUAAGAAGUUAUUGUUUUUGUUAUUAUUUAUAGUAGUGUUGUGGUUGAUGGCAUAGCACAGCAAUGAAUACUUGUUUUCUGACUUUGCCUACUUUACUAAAGCCCUUAAAAAAGUUAUGAACAACACAAUAUCACCUUCCAUAUUCUCUUCUCUACAUGAUUAAGAGAUCGUGUUUAAUUAAGAAAAUUCUUUCAUCAUUAGAUCGCCAUCAUCAUCAUCAUUAUUAUUAUUAUUCUUAUUCUUUAAGAAUUUGUGUAAAUGUGUGAAUUUGCAGAAGCUGUCAACCCAUGGCUAUAGUGUGGAGAAGAUAAAUGUAAAAACAGGAAUAUAUAAAUGGAAAUAAAACAUUACAGUUGUUAACCGUAGGGUCAAUAAAAUUGCAAAAUAAACACCCUACUGUCAUUGUUGUUACCAUCAUCAUCAUCAUCAACAAUAACAUCAUCAUCAUCAAUCAGAACUGGCUUAGCUAUUUUUUUACAGUCAUUUGAUGUAAACCUGUUGCACUCAAACUCACUAACUCCCCGUCUUUUUACCUCACAAGUAAUCUCACUCAUACUCAGAUGCAAAAGUCACACGGGUAACUGUGUGACUUUCACAUGCUCAUUCAUAUAGACUGUUCCAUAGAACAUUUUCAAUGUAAAGACAUACUCAUGCUGCACAAUCUCCUGCUCAUACACAUUUGAAGAAAACACAGACAGACUCUCUCUUACACUACAGACUCAAUGAUAUAAACGCCAGUCUCUGAAAAGAAGAUUUCGUUACAUUUAACCCUGAUUACCCACAUUCUUCAGUCUAUGAGGACAUGAAAAGCUACAAGUACUUCCCUACUUGUUUUAGACUAACUAACAGUUAAAGAAAAAAAAAAAGAUAGUAAAAAGAAACAGCUACCCAUAGUUUCAGUUUGGAAAAAAUUAUUUCACAAAUUAUUUCUGUAAAUAUCGAUACUUCAUAGACAUAUAUAUGUAAUCAACAUGGAUAUAUCCACUUGAUUGUGUUGGGAAUUACAAGUCAGUUGAUAUUUAGUAAUUGAUGAAAGGUGGUGGCUCUUCUCAUGUUUGCAUUGCAUAGACGUUGGAGGCCAGUCUCAUCAUUUAUAUCAUCUAUUAAAAAUAAUCUGUCAUAACUUCUACAAUCCUUAAUUAUUUUUAAAUAUUAAUUUGAUAUUUAUUGUGUUAAGUUAAAGGAGUGGGGGCAGGCAGGUCACAUCGAACUCAUCUUUUUCAAUUUGCUAUCUCAUUCAUAUCAUAGACAUCAGAAAACAUAAAUACACACACACACACACCCAUGCAGAGAAAUUGAGAGAGAGAGAGAGAGAGAGAGAAUGGGAAGUUAACAGAAAAAUAAGUAAUGAAACCAAUAUUUAUGAGCCCAAAUGAUUUAUUCAUGAAGAAGGGCAUGAUUUUUCUAGUUUCUGUUGUAUUAAAAAGCUCUUUUUGAUCUAUUCCUGGAUAGAAGGCUAGUCUGUUGCUGGCUAAUUUCACUGCUAUCACCAUCAGCAGACUCUUUAAGUGGUGCCUGUUUUAUCCAUUCUACUGAAAAAGUUUGACAAAAUACAAACCAAAAAAAAAAUAAUAAAAGGGCAUGAUGAAGUAAAUAGUUUAGGUGGAUAUAGCUUAAUUAUGUUAGAUGUAAAUGAGGUGUUUUUGAUAUUGACCUAAUAUCACUUCCUGCAUUCAUAGACCAGCUGCACUAAGCACCCACUUUAAAAAGUAUAUGUGCAAAAUAUAUAACAAGGGGAGAUCUGCAGAAGAUAGUGAAUUGGUUCCAGUAUUUAAGUUAUUCUCUUCAGCCUGGUGAGUUUUUUUUUUCAUUCCAACAAUGGACUGCAAGAGACUUCUGCUGCAUCAAGACAACAAUAAAUCAAUGUUAUAGAAUUUGGAUGUUAACUCUUUACAAGAUUGCUCUUCACAAUUUGCUUUGGUUUUUGAUUUUUUAUAUGCCUAUUUUUGGAGCAUAUACAUACAUCAGUACACUUUUUACACUGACAACUAUUUGUAAUAUACCUUAAAUGAAUUUAAAUACAGAUAUUUAUAUACAGCUAUAAGUAUAUGUUUAUAUGUAUAUAUAUACACAUUCCUAUAUAUAUAUAUAUAUAUAUAUAUAUAUCCAUUUUCAAAAUUCCAUUCUAACCCUCCAAAACAAAUUUUUCAUUAUCUCCCUUCUCUUUCUUGACCAAUCUACAUUCAGUGCAAACUGAUCAUAAUGGAAAAAUCUUUCACAUGUGAAAUUUGUCAAAAGACAUUCACCCGUCGAUCAAACUUGACCCGACAUGUCUCAAACUGUCACAGAGACAGAGAAGUAGUAGAAAAAUCAGAGAACAAUGUCAGCAUGGAAGAAACCAACGACGUCAGCUUGAGCAACAGCCCAAUGGGUGUAUUUUCCUGUAACAUAUGCCUACAAGGCUUUACCUUGAACUCUCAACUUCAAGCUCAUGCUCGGGAACAUGAGGCAGAAAGUGGUGUCAGUAGUGAGAACAUAAAUUCAGUUGCUAAUACUGAUACAAAAAGUGACGAAGUCAGUUCUAGUGUCGAGAGUCUUGGAAUGGUGAACCCUUCUAUUAGCCCAAUUAUUACUACUGAUAACAAUAAUUUGAAUAAUGGUCCUGAUGUUGCUUCUUCAGAAGUUGUUGUCACCACAGAUGUGUUAAAUCAUGAUGUCACUUCUCCAGUUAUGGUUGUCAAUGGUGUUGUACGUGGUGAUACUACUGUUACUCCCAGUCUAAUCAACGAAACUAUAAAUACCACCACCACCUCCACCACUGUCUCAGCUAUAUCUCCCUCACCAUCUCUUUUGGUUCGUCACUCAAGUCCUUACUCCUGCUCUAUUUGUCAACGAGGCUUCUCCCAGCGAUCACAUCUUGACGCACAUGUUCGCAUACACUCGGGAGAGCGGCCCUACCAGUGUAACCAGUGCGGGGCAGCCUUCUCUCGAAGAGGUAACUUGGUGCGUCAUCGGCUGUCUCAUGGAGGUGAACGAAAACACAAGUGUACUGUGUGUGGACGGAGAUUCUCGCAAAAGUCACAUCUUCAAGUCCAUUUACGGAUACACACUGGUGAACGACCUUACAAGUGUGACCGUUGUGGUUAUGCCUUUUCUCGCAAUGGUAAUCUCGUCCGGCAUCGACGAGCCAACAGCAGCGGCAAGCGUAAAUACAGUUGUGUGCCUCCCACAUUGCUGUCAACAUCAAGUGGACAACAGUCAACAUCAAGCACAUCUUCAUCGCAAGCUGCUCUCAUAUCUAUGUGCCAAAAUAAUUUGGCACAGACACAAAUACAAACUAAAAAUGUGGUGAGUGGUUCAAGUCAGAAGGGAGUGAAGACCCAUGUUGGUAACAGUGCUGAAGGCAAGAAUGCAGCAGCCUUACAUCAGCAACAAUUACUGCAAACCACUUCCAAUACAACUACCACCACUGCAGUGGUAGCAACAGCACCAACUGCUGCAAGCACCAAUGUGGUUCAAUUAGCAAAUGUCCCCUAUCAAAUAAUGACAGCUCUCCCAAGUCCCCUAAAUGCCAUUCAGCCAGUGACUAGUUACCACUCCCUGGCUAAUGUCCCCCAUCAGCUAGUCACUGUUCCACAACCAAUUAGUGUCCACCAACUGGCCAGUCUAGGUAAUAUUGCCAGCAUCCCUCUUCACAUUGAUGUACCAACAACAUAAAACUGUGUUUAAUGUAACAUUGUGAUGCUUGCAAGCAUUCGGCAUAAAUAUGCAAAAAAAAAAAGAAAGAAAGAAAACUCCUGGAAAAAAUUAGACCUUUCAGGAAUCUGGCCCUGGAGAACAGAGUAGUUUUUCUUUUUCUUAUUUUAAACACUGAAGAAACAAAGGUUAAACCAAACAGAAAAAGAGGGUGACAUGGUAACAAAAGAAAUAAAUUGACAGACUGACUGCAUAAAAUGUAUAAAGAAAAAGGGUUAGUGUGAGAGAAUAAGGGAUAGUAGGAUGAAAGAAAAUUAGAAAGUAUAUGAAAGGGUGUGGAAAAGCAUUAGGAUAAAAGAGAGCUAGAAGAUUGAAAAUGAAAGGGAAUAGAGAAAGAGGUUGUCUGAGAUAGAGGAUAGUAAGAAAAGAAGUUUGUGUGUUUUAGGGAAAACAAAUAAAUAAGUGAUUUUGUAUAUGUAGAAUAAUAUGCAUAUGUGUGUGGGUGUGUAUAUUUUUUUUUACUUGUUUCAGUAAUUUGAUUGUGGCUAUGUUGGAGCACCACCUUGAAGGGUUUUAGUCAAACAAAAAUGACUUCACGACUUAUUUUUAAAGCCUAGUACUUAUUUUAUCAGUCUCUUUUGCUGAACUGCUAAGUUACAGGGACAUAAACACACCAACACUGGUUGUCAAGUGGUGAAGGGGGGAUAAUCACACACACACACACACGUAUAUAUACAUACAAUAAGAGUCUUUUAGUUUCCAUUUGCCAAAUCCACUCACAAGGCUUUGGUUGACCCAAGGCUAUAGUAGAAGGUAUUUGCUCAAGGUGCCACGCUGUGGGAUUGAACUUGGAACCAUGUUGUUGGGAAUAUACAUAUAUUUUCAGUUUCUCGCUUCCGUAGAAGCUUUCAGGAAAUAAAGCAUGAAUGGAGAAACUUAGGUGGUGGGUUCAGAAAAGUUAAUCAGGAAGCAUCAAAUUACUUUCCCUUUUAUUUCUUGUGUGCACACAAGUGUGUGUGUGUAUGUGUGUAUAUAUGUAAAACUUUGCAUCCAUUAUUUGUUAGUGAGCAGAAUAGUUUUUUCAUGCAAUUAUUCAUAUAUAUAUAUAUAUAUAUAUAUUUCUCCAAAUGUUGUUUUUGUGGCUCAGUGCUCUUUUUACUGUUUACUACUUCACUGUGAAGCAACAGUUGGUGAAAUCUGUUGUUAGAGGCACAUUGAAGCAAACAGAGUUAUGUUCCUUGCUCAAGAAAACAAGAUGAUUCUCAUACUACAAAUUGAAAUCUUGUCUAACUGUUCUGUACUCUAACACUUAAAUCUCAGAGAAAUUGUGAUGCAUGAUCGUAUGAUCUUUACUCUCUACUCUGAAUUGUACAUGAAUAUUCCACAUUUGUUGAUAACACUGAAAUAUGUGUGUGUGGGUAUCUAUCUGUCUAUCUAGGGGUGCCAUUGCAUAAUACCUAAGAUCCCUCCUCUCAAAAUAUGGGACUAGACACUGUAGUAACUUGGGAUUCAAGGGAUCACAUCUCUUCAAUAUCCUCCCAAACGAGCUGAGAGACCUAUGUGGUGUGGAUGUAUAUGUCUUCAAAACUAAACUGGAUCUCCUACAAUCAAAAAUCCCAGAUGAGCCACCUUCACAGUAGGAAGUGUGAAUGAGAGCAGCAGCAUCAAAUUCCCUCAUUCAUCAAAUGCCAACUACUAAAGGAGGAUUAAUGAUGAUGCAGUAAUGCCAGUUGGCAGAGCCCCAGCAUGGCCCAGCCAUUGAGCUGAAACUAGUAAAGAGUAAAGGAUAUAUAUAUGCACACACUUUUUCUAACUUAGAGGAUGUAAAACUGCUGUGUCUCUUUAAUUUCUCUCAUGUCUGAAAUGUUAGAUUUUCCACUCGCCAUGGCAAGUUUACUGUAUUCUAUCAAUUUUACAAAAUACUACAAGUCUUGCCAAUGCAGGAGUAUGAUGGUAUAUACCUGUGUGUACAAAAAAUUUGAAUACUGGAAUAAAUUUUAAGUAGUUAGGAGAAAGAAAAGUGGUUUGGCAAAACUAGUAAAAAUUUCAUUUCUGUUCAAUUUAUGAUUUUGUUCAAAACCUUUGACUACUCUUCUCAACAAUAAAUUUUUACUGUUG